ACUACGCGAGGCCUACGAUCUCGCCGCUCUGCCUGUCCACAUAACAGUUAAUAUCAUUGGUCGUAUGAAGCCAGGUCCGCGAACUACCGAUGCCACUGUAAGCUCAAAGGAUGCAGUAGAGUGGGCAGUGGCCCUUCUAAAGGCUGUUGGCCUG